UUUAAUUGACGCAGACCAUCAUGCACUUUUUUAAAAUCAUGCACUCAAGGAAGAUAUUCUUCUGUAUUUUGCCACCUUAACAAAUCAAUUCAGAUUGCCAACCAUCAGAGCAGGAUGUUUUUGGUGGGACUAACAGGUGGCAUCGCAUCAGGAAAAAGCACAGCAGUAGCUGUGCUACAGGAACUCGGAUGUGCUGUUAUCGAUGCUGAUGUUGUAGCCCGGCAAGUGAUCCAGCCACACUUCCUGGCAUACCAGCGUAUCGUUCAUUCCUUUGGUCCUGAAAUACUCUUGGUCAGUGGCGAGAUCAACCGCGAAGCUCUAAGGAACAUAAUUUUCUCCCAGCCAGAAAAACGUCAGCUGCUAAACUCCAUCACUCAUCCUGAGAUCCAGAAGGAGAUGCUAAAACAAAUCCUGAAAUACUUCUUGUUGGGCUACCGCUAUGUGAUCCUGGACAUCCCCCUCCUCUUUGAAAUCAACACGCUGACCAGGUUCAUGAAAUAUACAGUUCUUGUGUACUGUGACCCACAGAUCCAGCUGUCCCGUUUGAUGAGCAGGAAUGGGCUGACUCUAGUGGAGGCAGAAGCAUGCAUUGCUGCCCAGCUGCCCAUCUCCCAGAAAGUCAAACUGGCUGAUCACAUAAUCGACAACUCAGGAGAUGUUGAGGCCAUGAGACAGCAGGUCCUGAAGUUGCACACUUUAUUAGAAGACUCCUUGGACUUCCUUCUGGUGCGCCUGUUGGCAGCCACUGUAGUGGCUGGUGUUGGUGGCCUUGUGUAUUUUUUCCUUUGGCAACUCAUGUCUUAACUUGGCUUUCUUUCUUGCUAAAAUUAGAUCAAACCCUUACACAGUGAAUCUUCUGUGUUGGAAAUAGAAAUCCAGAUCCCAAAGCUGCUUCAACCAAUUGAAUACAGAUGACUAAAACAUACACACACAUAGGCACACACACCAGGCUGUUGUUUAAAAUCAUAUUUUAAAACCAUAUUUCUUUCCAUAGAUCAUAUAAAGUGAAAGGAGGCCUCAUUCCCUCCAAAGUGGCUUUUGGCUUUCUUUAUACUGCUCCUGCAAAAGAUUAGUCAUGUUUGAAGAGGGGAUGUGGGUUUCCUUUGGGCAUAGAUCUUUUGGUCUUCUGGGUUAGGGGCUGUGGGUAUGGAACAUCAAAACACAAUUCUCAUAUUUAUUUAUUUGUUUAUUUAUUGUAAAACUGUUAUCAAAGGACACAUGAGUGUCACUUCA